AUGUAUUCAAUACUUCUCCUCUCGGUUUUAGUUUCGGGCAUUUAAAGAGGCCUUCAAUGAAGUUUCAGAGGUGGCUGAUAUGGGUGAUAUAAAUAUAUCUUCAGGUCAUUGGGGGACUCGAUAGAAUGUUGAGCUGGUGUAUGAGUGUUCGGAAGCAAGAUUAGAUUAGAUUCUCUGUGUAAGAUUAGAUUCAUAGUGUUCUAGGCCAUGCUCAAAGUGUUUAUAAGCGGAUGAGAGUUUAUUAAUUCAUGCAAUUAAAGGCUGGGAUUCAGUAGGAUUCAUGCUAUUCAAGGCUGCAAUUACUUAUUUCUGCAGGGAUUGAUUGAUAGUUAAUGUUAAUUUGUGAUGUCAAUAAUAAGUGGGUUAUUGCAGCAGAAGCAGUCUAAUAAGAUAGGCUGGAUGAUGGAUGCACAACUGUCUCUUGCUCCACCUUCCUCAUUAUCAUCUUCUUCUUCUCCUUCAUUAGCUGGCCUCUAUUUAAAGAAGAGAAGAGGGUCAGGGUCUAGUACAGGGGAGCCGAUGAUCAAGGAUUCUGAAGAAGAUAGUAAUUGUAAGAAGAGGAAAAUGGGCUCUGAAUGGGAGCGUGAAAUGCAGAAAUUGAAUUGUGUUAAUUCUAGUAUUGGUGUGGAGCUCCAGAUGAAAUCUCCGCUUCCCAUAGAGUGGGAGCAGUGUUUAGAUCUUCAGUCUGGAAGGAUCUACUAUGUUAACAGAAGCACCCAACUGAAGACCUGCCAAGAUCCAAGAGUUGGCGGACAUGGUAGUGUUAAUCAAUUGACCAAGGACUUGAGGUUGGAUCUUGAGCUUAACCUUCCUCUUAAAACCCAAGAGAAUGAUGGGAAGAGCUUUGGGCUUCCAUGCUCUGAUACAAACAAUGCUGCAUAUCUUGAGGAAGAAAACAUCUUGAAUGAGACAGCAGAGAUGGUUGCCACAGUCUGUGCACAGUGUCAUAUGUUUAUCAUGUUCUCAAAGGUUUCUAGGCAAUGUCCUAAUUGCAAGUAUGUGCACCCAUCAAUGCACCAGGAAGAGAAGGAUGAUAAGACUGAUGCUCCUGCUAAACAGACACUCUCUCUCAUUGACUGUGGUCUAGAGUCCAAGAUUAAAACCAGAGAAGAUGAUAAGUAAUGGAUGAUCAUAACCAGUAGACGAAAAGAGUUUUUGGUGAUAUGGUGUAUAUGUAGUUUAGUAGUAACAUGGCAAAAUCUAAUGCUAUGAUAUCCAUGUUUGAUGCAAGUGAAACUUCUUUGCAUUUUUGGACCUACUUUGCAAGCUUCAAUGUGACAGUGUGGGCUUGUUUGCCUCUAGUACUUUCUUAAUCAUACCAUGACUGCAUAGGGUGAAUUUUUGGCAGGGCAUGUUUUGUGGUGGCUGCUACAACAUAGAAUACAUGUGUAAAAAUUAUUAUUUGAUAAAGCAUAUUCCAUUCUCCUCAAA